AUGCAUAAUAACGGCGUAGCUGCUAUCUCGCAGCAAGUCUCGGAUCUUGAUAUUGAUCAAGCUCCCAGUGACUCGGCGGCGAUGAUGGCGGCGUUCAAUCCGGAACAACCACCCGCUCCCAAGUUGUACAGCAAGGGUGUCAUGAUCACGAACAUUACCCAUAACUUUACCAAUGCUGCUCACCAGCUCAAGGUAGGAGACCUGGUCAAGGAUCCGUUUUUCACGCUUUUUGAUGCUGUUGCUGCUCUGGAGAUUAUGGAUCCUAAAAUGGAUAGUGGUUAUCUAGCCCCUGGCGAGACCAUGGAAGACGAUUUUGAGUUUGCCCAGGCACUACUUCCAGAAGAAGUUUUGGGUAUUAUUGAUCAACUUCUUUGUCAUGAGAUGGCCUGGCACAUGGGACACCCACUUGCUCAAACAAUCUUUACCAGCUUAUACAUUGACCGACUCCUCCAUCCCUCACCUUCAAGUCUCAAUGAGACACUUUUUGACAAAAGCAAGAGCUGCGCUGGAGAUGAGCCUUUAAUGUUGCAGGUUCUGAGAGCAUACUGUCUAGGUUUGAUAAAAACUUGCUGGUAUGUCAAUAAUCGAGUCAGGUCAGAACAGUUCUACGAGAUCCAGGAGGAAGAUUUUGCGACCCAUACUUUCCAUAGAAAUCUCCUCGAGGCUAUAGACCACGAUGGAAUUCUUCAUUUACUGGAAGAGACUAGGGAAUUAGUUUUGCAGACUCAGACCAUACCAGAGGAUAUGAAGAACGCUCUCACGACUCGUCUUGCCUUUCGGCAUAGUUUUCUGAGGACUGUUGAUACAGCGGAUUCAAGAUCUCCAGAGGCGAAACUGUUUUGGCGUGAGACGUUUUCCUUCAUACUCGAUCUGAGAUCGUCCAGCAGGCUUGCAAAGUCUGUCCCCCAGUCAUUUAGUGUGAAAUUACAAAGAAAGUUAGCAAGUACUGUUCCACCACGGUCAAUUAUUGAGGUGAGUCAGCAAAGUGCCUACGAGCACCUGGAGAGGAUGUGUAAAGAUGGCGAAAUCGCACUUGAUAUACUUGAUUAUGCCGAUAGUCACAGUCUUAUGACUUUCGUUUCAUUAUUCCAAGCACGGAAACCCCAACCAUCCGUCUACAUUCGGACUUUACUUCAGUACUAUAUGUUUGCGGAUAUGGUAAUACUGGGCAAAAUGUCCAUCCGAGAAGUUCUCGAUGAUGAUCUAGCUAGUCUUACCUUGCCCGCAAGCCAGCUCCUAGAUCGUAACAAUGAUGAAAUUGAAGUCACCCACGACCCACGAUUUCAUAUGGCUCAAAGAAUGGAGUUAUUUCGAUCACGCGCGGCCAGCAUAUACAUUGACAUCUUGCGCACCAUGUGUCAAAAUCGAUGUCGUAUAAGGCGAACGCUUUGUCACACUAUAGUUGACUGGGAUAAUCUUCAACUUGAUGGCGAGGAACUUGACCAGGAAUUAAGAGAAUUCACAAAAGAAGAAUCAUUUAUAGACCUCGAUAUAUCUAGUGAUCCCAUUUACGCUUUCCCUCUAUCGUCUUGGGCAUACUAUUAUAAGCUUCGCCAAAUGGAAUGGAUAGUACAAUUGGGCUUUGAGCUGCAGAUUUACCAACCAGAUGAGUUGUCGGGAAUGUACUACUAUCUCAAUUACCUUUGUAAGACGCGAAGUCGUCAUCUUGAGCGAAUCCGAAGCGAAGUCAUGCGAUCCUACUCUGCCCGCCGCAAAGAAUCACAGCUCGAUACUAGCCAGCAAACGGAGUUCGCGAAUGCAAUCUCUUACAUCAACUUCUCCAUGUUAGAAGUCACUUCCGCAUAUGGUUUUGCAGACGCAUUAUCGUCACUAUUUGAAGCCCUUCGUCGGUUGAAUCUCAUACCUAUACCGCCAAGGCCAUACGGUGACGACAUCAUGCGUUACGAAGUUCGCAUGAAACCCUUCUCUACGAUUGGUCUCCCUGGACCCAUCCCUUUCGAUACGUUCACAUAUAACGUCACGCAGCCCACAGAGUCCACCCUUGAUUUACUUGUAAUCGCUGCAGAGGCCACUGCCGCAGCCAAGAAAGGCUUUGAGAUCCUUAGUAGACUCAACCCUAAAGAUGCAUACUGUCGUGGUUCUCAUGAAAGCUGGGCGAAGGAUAUUAAGAAUUGUUUAAAAGCGUGUAUCUUUACGGGUAUUUCGAUUGCAGCCGUCAGAAAGGCUAUCCAAGCUGCGGGUGAGGACAGCAAUGUGAAAAUCCAAGUGGAAAUACCAACAACUGGAAAAGGAUAUCAUGAUUGGUGGGUCGUGCCGAAAAUUCUCCCCGGUCCGAAAAGGUAA